AUCGGUAUGACUUGGUCUGCAGCACCAAGUCGAUGAUACAGAUGCUGCUACAUCGCGCCCUUCUGCUCGGUACAAUCAUUUUGACUUCGGUGCUUUGCGUCUCGUCAGACUUUGCAACCCACUCGAAUGUCAACGUGAGGCCAUCUUCGUUCGACCCAAGAUUGUACCCCAAGAGCACCGCAGAGUGUAACGCACUGAACCGGGCUCGCGGCGAGAACGUGGUCAUUCAGCUCCACUACGUCGAUGUGAAUCCCCGAGCGAAGCGUACCAUUCUUAUGGUGCAUGGAUGGCCGAGUCUCUGGAGUACGUAGUCACAGCAAAUACAAGAGUUCGAGGGUAGCGUGAUUAUAGGUUGAUCGUACCUGACCUGAGAGGAUUCGGAGCCUCGACUCAUCCAGGCGACGUUGAGAGUAGCGGCACCAUGGGUGAUAUGGUUGGUGAUUUGGUAUGCGUGUUGGGGACAGCAGGCGUGCCGCCAGGAGACGUAGUCUGUCUUGGGCACGAUUGGGGCUCGCAAAUAUGUUACGAGGCAGCGAGAAUGAGACCGGACAUCUUCGACUCCGUCAUCGGCAUCGCAUUACCGUAUAUCAACUACGAUCACCCGUUCUCGCCGUCUACCUUUGGCGCUCGUCUCAUGCACCGCAUCAGGACCUUCCUCCUACCAUUCAUUACAUCCAUCUCUUACCAAACAUUCUUCGCGGACAAUACGCACCAAGCGGCGGAGGAACUAGGAACAAACGUCAGGAGAACGCUCACGGCGGCUUUCCGCACGGCGAAGUGCGCUGUUCCGAAGAUGUUUCUACGGGAUGUGGCAACUUUCAUGGGAUCUUGGAAUGGCCUCGAAAUACCAUCGAUACCCUUCUUUUCCGAAGCGGAGGAGGAGUAUGUUGUCGAACAAUAUCAGAUUCAAGGCUUCGCACACACUCUACAGUUUUACACUCACGGAAACCGCCGUGGCUCAUGGGAGCUCGCCCAGGAGCAAGGGAACUUUACUGUCCCGCAGCUCGCGUUGUCGGUAUUACCCACUAAUGAUCCGGUGGCCAACUGGAGGAUUGCAGAGUUCUUCAUGCAAUCGAAGAAGUACGUGCCGAAUCUCCAUACACAGUUUGUACCCGGCGCGCACUGGCCGCAUCUGGAGCAUCCACACGAGAUUAAUAAACUCAUCAAGACGUGGCUAGACCAGUCAUUCGGCGCAGCGCGUACGAGUGCCGCGGUCCGUGAUGAAAUGUAGCCUUAACGUGUCCUGUGCUUGCCUGCAGCCGUAUCUUGAUGGUCAAUGUUCUAUCCCCGUAAGAUAUCCUAGGUUUCG